AUGUCCUCAAGACCGUCCUCCAGCGAGAACAUCGUCAACCAAAAGUAUGACCGCUGCCUGGCGGAUUUGCUCGUAAAGACCGGGGUAGGCUUCAGCGUGGGCGUCGUGGCUUCCGUCAUCCUCUUCCGCCGACGGGCUUGGCCGGUCGCGUUCUCGACGGGCAUCGGCACGGGUAUCGCGUGGGCGGACUGCGACCGCCUGUUCAACCCUACACGGGGGCCAGGCAUGCGCGUCGUCACACCAGCAUCCACACCAGCAGAGAGCAAGUGA